CCGGCCGCGGGAAGAGGGCUGCGGGUAGGGAGGAAGAGGAGGAGCCCCGCCGCCCCCCGCCCGCCGCAGGAAGCAGCCGGAGGAUGUACCGUAGCGCCGGGGGCCCGGCCGGCACACCGUGACAGCCCGGCCCAGCACCCCGCUCGCCUCGCCGCGGUCGACCGAAUCCCUUCCUGCGGAGGAAACAUGUCCAAGAUGCCGGCCAAGAAGAAGAGCUGCUUCCAGAUCACCAGCGUGACCACGGCGCAGGUGGCCAGCAGCAUCACCGAGGACACCGAGAGCUUGGACGACCCGGAUGAAUCCCGCACAGAGGACGUGUCUUCUGAAAUCUUUGAUGUUUCCCGAACCACCGACUACGGCCCCGAGGAUGUCUGCGAGCGGAGCUCCUCCGAAGAGACUCUCAACAACGUGGGCGAGGCCGAAACUCCUAGCAGCGUCUCUCCCAAUCUCCUUUUGGACGGGCAGCUGGCUGUGGCUGCCGCUGGGGUGGCUGCAGGCCCCAGCGGGGGGGCUGUGCCCAAAAGUUCAGCCGUACCCCUGCCAACUGUUGCCCCUGGCGCUGUUGUCGGGGGAGGCGGAGGCAGCAGCUCUCAGGCUGCCCUGCCCUCCACAGGGGCUUCUGCACCUGCUGCCCCCGGGACCAUGUCUCAGACGGCGGCUGCCGCGUGCAGCUCGCGCUUCAGGGUGAUCAAGCUGGACCACGGUACUGGGGAACCCUACAGGCGAGGCCGAUGGACGUGUAUGGAGUACUAUGACCGUGACUCGGACGGUGUUGGUGUUCUGGGCAGGACUGGAGAUUGCAUUAGGCACAGCAGCACCUUUGAACAGGCUGCUCAAGAGAGAGACAGUGGUCUCGGUGCCACAGGAGGUUCUGUUGUGAUCUCGGCUGUGCCGGCGUCAGCCCAUGGCCCCGAUUCUAUAGCUGACAGCUCCCUGGCUGUUGUGUCACAGCUGCUUCAGACAGAGAAAAUGAACCAGUCCUCUCUACAGCAACCUAGUUUUGUCAUUGGGCAACAGCAGCAGCCACCACAGCCCGUAGGUGGGGCCGUGCCUCAGAGUACUGCUCAGCCUGUGUUUUCUGGGGCUUCGGGAGCAAGUCAGCAAAUGAUAGUACCACAGCAACCGCAGCCACAGGUAAAUCCACAGGGUGUUUCACAGGCUGGACCCAACGGGAAAGGCAUGGCACCUCCAAAUGUGACAGUAGGGCAGUCAAGCAUUCCUGUGGCCCAGCAGCAGGUGCAGCAGGGAAACAUACCAGUGACUCAGCCUCAACAAUUUGCUUAUUCUCAAUCUCAGAUUCCACCAGUGCAUCUACUGCCGACGCAGCCUCCUGGGCAGGCUGAAUACAUGCAGCACAUGACAAUUAUCCAGUCUCAAGGAGCUAUUCAGCAGGCUGCUACAAGCUCUGCUCCAAGUACUGUGGCCUCCAGCCUUCCAGUGGGGCAGGUGACGGGCCAGAACCCGUCACCUGUGGGAGCGGCAGUGCUGGGGGUGUCAGCGCAGCCGGGCGAAGCAGUUGGACAGGGAGCAGGGCUGCUGCAGAGUGGCCAGGCACAAGCGAGCCAGCCUGCCAUCCCGCAGCCAGGAGGUGUGGUGCAGCCAGGCCUUGGACAUUCGGGGGUUGUGCAACAGAAAUCUGUGACUCAGCAUCCAAUGGGGGGAAGCAGUCAAGUGUCAGGAAUACCUGGUGCUCCCCAUGCUGUGCUCCCUGGAGUUCAGAGCGUGCCUGCGGCUGUGCCUGGUACAAGUGUGCCUAGUGUGUCCACCACCGCUUCUGUUACUAUGCCAAACGUCCCUGUUACGCUGGUGCAGUCCCAGCUGACGAGCCACCCUUCUGUCAGCCGAAGCCCUGGCGCGGUCCAGUCCCAGCAUGUCGCACACUCGAUGAUGCAAGGUGCGCCCGGUGCACCCGCCAGUCUGCCUCAGGCAAACCUCGGACAGUUUCAGACCCAGGCCCAGUCCUUAGUAAGCCAGAUUGAUGAUACUAGAAGAAAAUCGGAACCCCUACCUCAGCCACCACUUUCUCUUAUAGCUGAAAAUAAACCUCUUGUGAAGCCUCCCAUUCCAGACACUCUAGCAAAUCCUCUUCAGUUACCUGCAAGUACUCCAAUGAACAGUCUCGCUAGCUCUGUUUUUGGCAUAUCCAUUCCUGUUGAUGGUGAUGAAGACAGGAAUCCGUCAACUGCAUUCUACCAAGCGUUCCAUUUCAACAAGUUACAGGAGUCAAAGGCCACCUGGGAUAGUGCCUCUGGUGCAAGUGUUGUUGCCAUUGACAACAAAAUAGAACAGGCAAUGGAUCUAGUGAAAAGCCAUUUGAUGUACGCAGUGAGAGAAGAAGUGGAAGUCCUGAAGGAGCAAAUAAAAGAAUUAGUUGAAAGAAACUCUUUACUUGAACGAGAAAAUGCACUGUUAAAAUCCCUGUCCAACAACGAUCAGUUAUCCCAGCUGUCCAGCCAGCAGGCCCCCAGCAGCAGCUCACAGGCGCAGCCCCCGCCCGCACAGCCCCCGCAGCCCAACGUGUCCUCGGCGUGAGCCCGGGGCCACCGGGGCUCCCGAGCCAGCAGCCGUGCUUCUCUUGUGUGUUUGGCCUUCUCAGUAUUAGACAAUCAUCCUCGCAGAGCUGUCCCCGCUGUGGCCGCAUGCCGGAGGUGUCCGAGCGUCCUCGCUGCUCACGGGAGGUGGCAGCGGAGCCCUGGAGCCCGGGGCCUGCCUUGGCUCUCAGAGCUCGGCUGGCUCUCGAGGUUCCCAUUGCUCCUGGGCUGCUCUGAGCCUUGCUGUCUGGUAAAGAGCAACAGUUCCUCUUCAGAGCCACUGUUCUUUUCAUAUAAGUAACAUUUGCCUAUGUUAGUUUCAUUUAUUUGUUUUAUUUAUUACAGGGCUGCUAUUUUCAUAAUGUACAUGAACAAUGUCACAGAACUUUUGAAUUUUUUUUUAUAAAUGUCUGUAUGGGUAAAAUGAUAGAUGGGAUUGUGUUAAUAGAUACAAUGUCUAGGCAAUAAUUGAACAAAGAAUCCUGGCAUAUUUCUAACACUAAUGGCAGUUGACCUUUGGUAUUUAUUUACGGUAGUAAAGAUCCAGCUUGAAUGUAAAUUUUGUAUAGAGUGUAAGUAUGAAGACCAUAGUGCAUCUGUACAGGUAGUCACCAGUCCUUGUGAUAUAAUAAAUAAGUGAUGGGCUAUUUUGAUGAAGAAAACUUUGCUCAUUUCUGUUUCUACUUUCUAAUAGAGAGAAAGGGGCCAUGAUUCCUCUGCUUUUUGACAUUUCGUUUUUGGUUUGGUUUUUUGGGUGGGAAUAAAAAGCUGUGAAAUUGUUCAACCUACUUUGUAACCAAAGAAGCAAAGCUGUAUAAUUGAGUUGGUUGUUGGUUUUCCUUUUGUUUUUCUUUCUUUUUUUAAUUUUAUAAUGCACAUUCUUUAUGUAUUUUUUAUUUAGUGUUUUCUCAUUCACAACUUUCUUUGCCGUUUCGCAUGAUCUGCAUGACCUGUAAUCUUUGAACCACUUCCUUACCUCAUGUUUUUAUCCAGCACUCUUAGUGUAAUAUGUACUAGUCUGUGAACAAUGUCAAUAAAGAGAAAGAACAGCUGGUGUUGGUGGAGCUAAGCUAGUGUGCUAGGCACUAGUUGUUAAAACAAAUAAAUGAAGUGAGCCAUCUUUUGUUCAUUUAAAAUGGUGUUUUGAAUUUCGUAUGCAGAAAACGUUUUGUUACAUUGCAGAUUUAAUGUAUUUAAUAAAUGCAACAUGCAGAUUAAAAUGCAGUGUAUACUGAGUAUUUAAAUUAAAAAUGUACAUUUCAUAAAUACAGUUUCAGGAAAGACCAUAAUUUGUGUAAACUAAUGCAGUGUGUCAAAUUGAUGUACAAAUAUAUAUAUAUUUUAACACAUUUUCUGAAAUUAAACCAGUUUUGUUGAAUUUUUUGGCUGUAGAUGUUGUUGCAGUAUGAUUAAAUUCUGUAGGUCUUCUCUGAACAAAAUGGAGGAAUGCAGAAUCAGUGAGGCAGUAACAGACCAGUGCCAAGGUUACUACUUCUCAUUCAACAGACUGGUUUCUUCUGUUCUAGGAGAAGCAUCUCCUGAUGCUGUCAGUGGCUGCUUUAGGGGUUUAGGUUUGCACUGAUAGCUCUAAAUAAACAUCUGGACCUGCUGAGUUACUGCUGUGAAUGUCUGCUUCAGGACCUGAACCCUGCGCAGCUCUAACUCUGCUCAGGUUUAUGUCCAAGGUAAAACAGAAGAAAUGCUGGAAAUGGAAGUUUUGGUGUUUUCAGAUCUCAAAGAAGUGUCCAUUUCCCAGAAACUGAGAAGCAUCUCCUCUUCCUGGUAAGCAUCAGUUCAGCACAGUUCAAACAAACCAGGUAUUGUGUGCUUAUUAGAAAGUUCUCACUGAAGUAACACCAAAAUGAUCUUUUCCACUGGGUGUGGAUUGCUGUUUUCUGCCUGCUGCACCCCUGUGCUGUGAGCACUGCUGGGAGACCUCAGUGCACACAGAUUAAAAAGCCAAAUAUUCCAGUAGC